GAUAGUAUCUCGUAUAAGUCCAUUGCAUACUGGAACCGGGUGGUCCCUGUAUUAAGCCUAUGGGAGUGAGAGAAUUCAGUAGUCCACGGGUUAACAACAUAAUACCCGCGAGGCUAGACUAGACUGCGCGCGCUCGCUGCUUAAUGCAGUAAUAGCGUAUAUAGCCAGGCGGCCAUGCCAUGCCAGGCCUUGUACGUAUGUACUACUAUUAAGUUACGUCUACGGUAGAUCAACUGAAUUCAACCAGAAGUUGCCGGUUGCAAUCGCGAGGAUUGAAGCGUGUUCUUCGGCAACACUGAGGCAGCAUUUGAGAAGAAAUAUCCCUUAGGCUCAGCUCACCAAUUGAAGGACAAGGACAAGGGUUCUAUCCAGAGUUUCCAAGCACAAUUUUUGUAGGGUGUUUUCUGCAGCUGUGACCCAUGCAUACACACCCUAGCCUCCAGCACAGCAUUGACCACCCAGCUAAUCUCAUUCAGCAUUUUCCUUGGCAACAUUGAGGCAGCAUUUGAGAAGAAUUAACCUUCAACUCACCAACCUGCUCUUAGGCAUUUUCUUCAAGGAUGCUAUCCACAGAUGCCAAAUAGCUACAGAUUGUGUUAAGGAUAUGGACUCUGAAAACAUGGCGAAAGGUGGACAGAAAUCCUUAAUAGAUUUCCUGAAGGAACGACAAGUGGAGGAAGCUUUGCUCAGAGCCAUGGAGAAAGAUAAGAUUGACUGCCAUGCCUUGCUUGAAAUGGAUGAUGAAUGCUUGAAGGACUACCUCCCUGCCUUCGGUGAUAGACUCGCUGCAAGGGCAUUCUGCAGGUGUCAAACUAAAAACGAAAAACCAUCGUCAAGCCUUCUGGAAAGGCUGAGAACAAGACUUUCAAGAAAAAAAAAGUCAGUUGAUGACAAUCCCCCCUCAAAAAAACGUAACAAUGCACACAAAGAUACACGAAAAUUAGAAGUAGGGUGGAUGGAUUUUGACUAUGCAACAAAGGAAUUAAAGCAAGUGAGGAGUCAAGGCGGAGGAGGGACAAGAGAAAUAAGAGCAAACAAGAGCGAAGGACUAGACAACCUUCUUGCAACUGCAAAAGGGCUAUUUUUCCCUGAUGGUAAAUCCAAAAGGGGUAAAAUUGAAGACUACGAAGUGGACAUUCAAGAUUUUAGAGGAUGUGAGAUGAGGAAUUCCACUGUAGGCGAACUGUAUGAAAAUGCGAAAUCACGUGUUUUGAGACUAUACCUGUGCACCAAAAAAAAAAAUAGAGACCAACCAUCGACAGAAACCUCUUCAGACAAUCAAAGUGAAAACCAGCCAGAAGAAGAAAGUGAUUCAAGUGACUGUUAUGUUGUCCAGUUUGGGAGAAAAAGUGAUGAAGGCACACAAUCUCAGCUAGAUGAAACAUUACCAUUAAACCUUGAAUAUGUUGGAGGUUGCAUGAUAGAUGAUGAUUGUGAAUUACCACCAAUACAUUUGGGAUUCUCGGACUUUGAAGGUCAAUCUGUAAACCCACAACGAUCCACUAAUAUUAGUGCCGAAAUUCAACCUCCAAACCAAGCACAAGCCACUGACAAUGGUGCUCACACUCAACCAAGAAACCAAACACUAGAUACUGACAAUCGUGCUCAAACUCAACCAGGAAACCUACAACAAUCCACUGACAAUCGUGCUCAAGCUCAACCAGGAAACCUACAACAAGCCACUGACAAUCGUGCUCAAACUCAACCAGGAAACCUACAUCAAGCCACUGACAAUCGUGCUCAAACUCAACCAGGAAACCUACAUCAAGCUACUGAAAAUGGCGAUCACACUCAACCAAGAAGCCAACAACAAGCUGAUGCUCAAAUUCAACGUGCAAACCCUCAACAAGCUGCCAUAGAUUAUGAUCUUCAGUUAGAUGAUGCGGGAAUUCCUUCAGAUACAAAAGCUCUGCAAAUCCGUUUACAUCGAAGCAAUAUCCAAGCUGAAAUGAUUGCACUUUUCAAGACGCCUGAGAUCCUUAGUAUCCAGUUGAAGGUAACUUUUGUAGAGGAGUUAGGAGUGGAUGCCAGAGGAGUAUCUAGAGAAGCAUAUAGUGCAUUUUGGAACUCCUUUUUUAAUACAUCUGCAGAUGGCGAGGAUUACAGGGUGCCUUCAUUGAACCCUGAAUACGGUUUGGAGGAAUGGCUGUCCAUAGGGAGGAUUUUGUCAAAGGGAUACUCUGACCAUAACAUUUUCCCUGUGCAAUUGGCCCCAGCCUUUCUAAUAGCCGUCAUGUUUGGAGAGGAGACAGUGUCAACUGAGGACUUACUUGAAACAUUCCUCCUGUUUCUUAGUCCACUUGAAAGAGCUACAGUGAAGCAGGCUCUACAAGGAGAUGUUCUGUCAGAUGACGAGCAAGACAUAUUUGAAGACAUUCUAGACCGUGAGGGAUGUCACUCUAUCCCUAAAGGGGAAAAUGUCCGGCCCACAAUCUACCAACUGGCCCACAAAGUUAUCAUACAGAAGAGUAUGUAUGCACUGGAGGGCAUGAGAAAGGUGGUCAGAGAUGCCCUACACUCAGCUUUUCCAGAUGUUAACUCUAUCAAGAUAAUGUAUGGCUCUCUAAAACCUACUCCUAAGAAAGUCUGUGAUUUACUUGCCGCAAAUCCUCAAACAAGGGAGGAGGCCCAGUCGCUUAGAUUUUUGCAGCAAUACAUCCGAGCCCAAAACGAAGAAGGUCUAGGCACAUUGUUGAGAUUUUUGACAGCUUCGCCUGUAAUGACUGCCACACAGAUUUCUGUACAAUUCACAAAUACCACUGGAUUAGCUCGAAGGCCAGUGGCUCACACAUGCGGACCAAUGCUUGAGCUGCCAACAAGUUAUACUUCAUAUAGAGAUUUCAGAUCAGAGUGGCAAGCGGUACUUUCAAGUGGCUACCUCGCCAUGGACAUUGCAUGAUUUUUUUUUUGUGUUUGUUGUUUUUGGUUUGUCUCGCGCAUACUUCAAAGUUAGGAAAAUUGGUGUUAACCUGUAUUUUCGAAGAGAUGUUUUUAAGUGUUUAAAUAGAUCUUCAACAUGUAUUGUCAAUCGAUAUGACACAAACUUUGGAGGAAAUGAUCCUUAAAAUGUCAAUACCAAAUUUCUUUCAUGAUUUAAAAUAUAAAUAUGAAGUAUGGUAUUUCAUAAAGAAAAUUCAUAGCUUUCAUUUGACUCCAAUAUCUAACUUUAGUUUAUUGGCAGUGGAAUGUUAAACAUUUGAUUGUCUUGCUUUAAAACUCGUCCAGAUGUCUGCAUGAAGUAUGAAUAGUUUCAAAUUAUUCUGUAGCAGGUCCCUAACGUCCCUGUCAUAAUAAUGGCCUACCAUCAAUGCACAGUACACGUUGCAUGGUGUGACAUGCAUUACAUGUAAUAGCAAGUUCACCUUUACUUGCACUUUUUUUCCCUUCUCUAAUGAUUAUUUUAGUUUUCUUAAUUCUUUUUAAAUUCCUUGUUAUAGAUUCUUUUAAAUGCUGUGACAUCGCUCAAUGGCAGUGAAUACGGUUUUUAGAACAGGAAUUUUUUAAUCAAAAUUCAUGACGAUUUUUACAAUGCAUUAUAUGGUUGCUAAUAACAUUGCCUAGGUUUUGUCAGUUAUUCCUCCAGCUUAGUGAAGUUUAAUUUAACCCAUAGAGAUACAGAGCUUUCUUCAGGUCUGAAUUAAUCAGCUUUCACUCCUCAAAUUGGCAACAAUUAUUAUCUUUUUCCUCUCAUAGUCUGAAAAAAAAAUUAAAAUGGAUAUAACAUUAAUCAAAAUGAAUAAUAAUUGCAAAAUUUAAUGUAAAAUUGCCAAUUUUCACAUGUAAAUAGUGAUUACAUAUUUUCAUUGCAUUGCCAAUUGAGUUUAAUGAUUAGUUAAAGUUAAACUGCUCGUCAGCAUGCCCUUAUGAUAACUCUUUAUAUGCACCCAUAAUUCUUAUGUUGGUACUCCUGUUUCCAGAUAUGAAUAUAUUUGUUAUAUUACAGGUUACUUUGGAGGAAUGGGCUAGAGUGGAAUAACCGUAACCCUGAAAUUCUGGGAAAAAAAUAAUUUCCUGAAAUCAUCCAUUUUGUUCACGGUCAAGAACAAAGUAGCAAGUUUUGAGUUUGCCCUUGUAGUUGUCUUUUGUUAGGUAUUUUUCUUUUAAAAUUAUUGUUACAUUUCCAGCUCACCUGAGCCAAGGACUCGCAUCCUGUCAGUUGUGCGCUGUCCAUCCUGCCGCAUCUGGGAACUUUUUUUACAUUUUUAUCAAAAUUGAAUUGUUCAGUUUGAAGUGAUGAUAUACAUGUGGGGGCUUGACAAGAAAUAGCGUCAAGUUAAUUAAUUAGCAUGCUGAGAAGAGCAUCUAUCCCCACAGGGCUCUUGUUAAUGAUGUUACAUUUUUCUGACAUUGUUUUGUUUCAUAAUUUUUCUGUACUAGUUACAUGUAUUGUAUUAAUUGUUAACUUAUAUCAGUGCCCGAUGCACUUGUUUUUUAGUUCAUGGUUAUUACAUGAGAAGAACGGUUUUGUCCAUUGAUAAGUCUUUUUAGUACUGAUCUGCUCUAUUCUCUUAGUAAAAUUGACCGUGUCCAAAUACGUUGGAAAAGGAAAGCCCUAGGAUAGAUCUUCAAACUUGUUUACAAAUUGCUUCCUACGUCAUUAUGCGAACACAUUUCUUUAAAAGGAUGUUCUUACGGGCUCAGAAAUUCCGGCCAUAAACUAUCUUAAGGAAAACUCAAAACAAACAAUGGGAUUUAUCUAUACGGGUGUCCAAUUAUACAACGUGUUGCCUGAAAGAGUAUCUUUUCUCAAAUCGUAAGCUCUUUGAAGCAGAGGUAGAUGCAUUGUACCAUUAAAGUGUCAGUCUCCCCCCAACCUCCACCUCCCUCUUUCUCUUCCUCUCUCUCUCUGUCUUAUGUUCUCCCCUUCUCUUCCUCUUUCUCCUCAGACUUCCCCCUAUAUGCUCUCGCGUCCUCUUCUUCCCUCAUCUUUGUUCUCCUUUUCCCUUCAGUUACUAUACAAAUGACACAGACAUCUUACAUGUAUUGUUAGGUUUUCUUGUUUUUAUUAUGUUUCUCUCAUUGUUAUCGUAUUCAUUUCAUUAUCAUGCUUAAUUAAUUAUGCUUAUUAUUACUAGGUUGUUUCUCUGUGUAGUUCUAUUCAAUGUAAUUUCUGUAUGAUUUAUGUUUAAGUUUUUUACCGUGGUUAAAUAAAUUCAAUCAAUUAUUCAAUGAAGACUUUUUUUAAUUGGUCCCGACAGAUGAGCAAGCUCCCAUUACAUAAUAGGUAUACUAUUAUGUUCCCUAUGGCUAGCCAUCUUUGUAGAGCCACCCAGGUGGAGUAAAACUAAGAGAUCAAAAUGUCAUCUGUCCAUAGUGCUUACAAAAAUGUGAAUAAAUUAAAAUAAAAAAAAAUUUGGUGGGUAUAUUGUUCAUGCAUGGGGACCCCCAUAUUUAGCCAAAAUCAAAGGUCAUGUAAGUAUUUUAAUAUUCCAGCUGUCACUUUAAGGACAAUUAUACCCAUACAUCAUUAACAUAAAUAUUUAACUUUUAAGCAGAUUAGUGAAAGUUUGAGCAAAAUUAGAUGAUCCAUUCAAGAGUUAUGAUUUCUUGAAAUUUGAUAAAUUCCACGUCGCCCUCUCUUGAUAAGAAUUUGUGAUGUCAUAGGCGAACAGCAAUAAUAUACAAAAUUUAGGGGAAAAAAAAUCACAAAAGGUCAUUUUUCUUGGUAAUCAAAACAAAACUUGACCUAUCUCAUUCAGAAAGCAUACAAAAGAUAUUAACCUCUACAUAUUUCAAUAAGAUGUUGAGGGAUUCCUCACUGAUUCCAUGUUCUGAUUCCUGAAAUCAAAGGACUGUGUUUGUAUAAAUCAGUCUGUUGUCGAAGUGUUAUUUUUGUUUACUUGCAAUUAAAGUUAUACCUGUCAUUCAU